CGGGCCCGCACACGCGCUCCGCCCAUGCCGCCUCUGCCCAAUCAGCGCGCGAGAACAAGGAGUGACGGCACAAUCAGCCAAUGGCAGCGAGGGGCGGGCUCUGCCCGCGGAAGGCUCUCAGCCCCCCUUGCCCUGAAGGAAAACCCUUCCCGCCCUUUGCGGCGUCUCCAUGGCCCAAGAGCCCCGUGAGGGGCCGUGCCCGCGCUGGGCCUGAGGCGAGAAAUGCGGAGCGGGACGGGCCGCGGUCGCCCCUCAGCGCGCCAGAACGAGGCGUGGCUCAGUGUCCCUGGGCUCCAAGCCGCCAGGACAGGGCUGCCGCUUCUUCCCCUCGGGAGGCUGAGCCCGAUCCGCAGCUGCUCCUUUCCGGCACUCGGCAGCUCCCAGGCGCUGUCACCGCCGCUCCCUGCCCGGGGCUCGUCUGCUCACACCUGCCUCGGGCGCAAGAAGCCACCUGUCCUAAGCAGGAAGGUGCCACUGCUGAGUGUGCGAUGAAUGAAGAUGUGGGGAAUGAGUUCUGCUCCAGCACUGGGAGUGCGAAGCAGCCCCCGAACUCCCAGAACAGAUCAGAAGCUGUGAACGCACGGAAGAAACUCCGACAAUUCCUGGGCGAGAGGUUCAGAUCCCAUCCCAAGGUCGCCCUGGUCCUGGCCCUGCUCGUGCUCCUGGUCCUGGCUUUGGUGUUGGCCUUGGCUGUGCGGUCAGGAGUUUCUCUUCCGCCUCAGUGGGAACGUCGAUUACUGGCUCGGGCUACACAGACAAGGGGAGCAGCUCCAGUGGGAGGACGGCAGCAGCUUCAACUCCUCCCGCGCCGCAUUCCCGCGUGUCCGCGACUGUCACCGGGUCCUGUUCGCCCCCCGGAGUGUCCCCAGAGUGUCCCCGGAGUGUCCCCAGCGGCCAUGGAGCCCCGCGAGCUGCUGGAGGCGCUGGUGGCCGUGGUGGCCACCCUGGGCGAGCUGGCGGCCCUCGUGACCGGGCCAGACUGGGACAGACUGCCGACCAUGUUCCCAAACUCCCUGCGUGCAGAGCUGAGGAAAUUCACCUGGCACCUCUGCUGCACCCUGAACCACCGCGGUGUCAUCUCCCUGGGCCAGCGCGAUGUCACCUCCCUGCGCCAGGCCCUGGCCGCCCUCGAGGCCAACCCAGAGGUCCCCUGGGCCCGUGCCCCUGUGACAGCCGCGGUCAGUGCCUGGCAGGAGUCAGUGGCUGCGCUCACAGAGAGCUGGGACCGGCUGGCCGGGGAGGCCACCAAGCUCCGUGACAACCACAGGAACAUGGGCACCUGGAGUGAGCAGGGGCAAAUGGCCCUGAGGCUGCUGGGGCACUUGGUGUCCAUGUGUGACAGAGCCACCGUGUUCCCCUGGGAGCUGCUGCGCCGGCUCGGGGACAUCGAGGCCACCCUGGUGGAGACAAGGGAGGUGUCCCCCAGUGUCCCCAAGGCCUUGGUGGCCGCAGUGUCCGAGGCCGAGCAGCUGUGGGAGGCCAGCACCCGCCUGACCACGCGUCACCUGCUGGGGACACUUGCGGACAUCCACACCCUCCUUGUGAUCCCCCAUGACAAUCCCGGUGGCCCUGGUGGCCGUACAGUGGCUGCGCGGUGCCAAAAAGCCAUCGAGGACAUCUCGAGGCUGCUGGGAGGACAAUGAUGUCACCGCUGUGACAUCAUUGUGGUGGUGACAUCAUUGGGAACAUUGCUGGUGUCACUUGUCCCCUCUGCUCUCUCCAUGCAGUCUUUGAGACAAAUUUGGGGAAUUUUCAUUGAAACUGUCCCAAAUGCUGAUGGGAAUUCUUGGGCUGAUGUCACUGGGGACACUUGGGGACACUCUGGGGACACACAGGGAGACGGGGGCAGGGGGUGAAUGAACCCCCUUGGUGCCUUGCAGGAGAGGCAGCAGACCAAGGUUAUAAAUGACAAUAUAAAUGACAAUAUAAAUGACAAUAUAAAUGACAAUAAAAUAUUGGCUCUCAUGUUCAUGUAUUGGCUUCUGCAUGUUGUUGUUCACUGUGAUUUUGAUACAGUGCAAUUUAUAAUUCCUUUCAGCUGCUUUUGGGUAUAACAUAAUC